AUGUCGUCGUCGGUAAUCAACUGUGACAAAGCCUUUCUAAACUCACAAACACCCUCACUCAUCUUUUUACGUGUUGUUGGUAUCCAAGUGUACCAGCGACAAAAUUUAACACACAAACUGCCUUCAGUAAUUACCAAGUCAGGUGUGGCUGAGGCCGCCACCAUCCCCAUCACCACCAAAAAGAUAAAACAGCAACAACAACUUACUAACAACGUCGACUCUGUUAAUAAUAACGGUGACAAAGGGAACAACAGUCUCGCCUCGUCAUCGACCACCAAAAAAAAUAAACACACACACACUCGACAUUGCUCCAUGCAGCAGCCUUUUGCCUUGAUCCCCGAUGAUAAUAUGUCGGGAGUAAUUCAACACCCUCCCGAGAUUUGUGUCGACUAUUUAUCGCACGAGUGGAAAAAGGAGGACGAUAUUUGGACAUCAUGGAAAAUGAUGUCGAAACAGAAAAAAGAAAUCGUCAACGGAGUAAGGUUGGAGAACGCGUCCUGGAGAACUUGGGCUAAACAAAAGUAUCAUUUAAAAACCGUGAAUCCUGAAAGGCUCAAUUGGAUGAAAGAUAGCGAUGUGACAUGGUUAUAUGGUCCAUUUCACACAGCGUGGACACCGCGCAAACACGAAGAAUCUCUGAAAUCCAAAGCACCAACAAUCCAAGAUAAACUUGGCCUGAUGCAUCACACACCUGGCGCUUGUCAAAAAUCCUGCCUAAAGAAAAAAUCAAUAUCCGAAAUACUACUAAGCAACACCAGUGACCGAUCAUAUCCAACUCUAGUGCCAAGUCACUCUGACUCGCAACUCUACAAGAAGAAAAAAUCUCGAGUUGGAAAAGAAGAUUCCAACACACUGCUUUCAACCUCUAUAUCAGAAACAUCCCCUCUGUUCACAUUGAUGCAACGAAACGGUGAGCAGCAUAUUCGAUUUAAUGAUCAAGUAGAGCAAUGUAUCGCUGUUGAUUCCGCGGAAGAAGACGAUGAUAAUCUCGAAAAGAAUUAUUAUGAUGACGAAAGUGGCGAUAAUAGUAGUGACGAUGGUGCAAUAUUGAUGAAAAAUUCACGUAAAAAUGGAAAAGAAUGCUACACAAUACAUAAACUGGCUCCGAUACCAUUGAAAUCGGAUCAAAUGCACAUUCAUCAUACGAACAAUUAUUGUAAUAAGAGUAGGACAAAGAACUCAACGCGAAGUGGAUCAUCAUCAUCAUCGUCAACAGCAACAACAUCAUCUUCAUCGACAAACCAAUCAAAAAAUAAUUCAUCGCCAUCGACGAGGUCAAUAUCGAACACAACAGAAUCAGCCGCAGCAGCAACCACCGUCACCACCAACAACACAAUAUCAAAUUCAACAUCACCAUCAUCAAAUUUCAGUUUCAAUGAUUAUGUCUCAUAUGAUAAUUAUUCUUCAUCAGCUACAUCCUCGCUAUUACACCAUCAUCAAUGGGAUGACAACGAUGAAUUAGAUGUUGAUGGAUUAUUUGACAUGGGAAUAUUCACGACCGAUAUGUUUGACCGUUUCGAUCCUUCGAGCUCAUUAUACGGGUCUUCGCCAAAUUCAACUUCACCAUCAAUGUUACCUUCUUCCAAAUCGGAUUCUUCAUCUCGGUCAACGGGAAAAGGAGGCCGUGGUGAUAGUAAUGAACAAGAUGAAGAUGGUGAUGGAUUUGUCGGUAAGGCUGUUCAUCUUGCCACCGGUGUUCGCGAUAUUGUACAUUGGUGCUCGAACAUGGUAUUCAAUGGCCAAGUCUUUUGA